AUGGGGCUGGGCUGGAGGUAUUUUGUGGGCUUAGUGCUGCUCUGGUCCCUGUGGUCAGCCCUUGGGCAGGGGGACUUCCGCAGGGUCAGUUUUUCUGUCUUGCCACGUGGAUAUGAGUAUGACUGUGGAGACUAUGGGAUGCAGCUGCUGGUCUUUCCUAGGCAAGGCCGCACCAUCCGCUUUAAAGUUGUGGAUGAGUUUGGGACUCCCUUUGAAGUUACAAACUGCUCCAUCUGCUACCACUGGAUCUCAUCUGGUGAGAAAGGGGAGGUAAUCUUCUCAGCUGGCUACAACGGCUGCCAUGUGCUGAGGCAGGAUGGCCGUAGCCUCCUGAAGGUCCGAGUGGAGGAACUACUGAGCACGAGGGCCAUCGCUGCCACCCAUGACGUGAACAUGACCUGCCCCAAGCCCACUGAACAUGACUUAACCCCAGAGGAGACCGUGCGCCCGGUGCCCCAGCCGCAGCCGGGCCUGGUGCGCCCGGUGCCCCAGCCGCAGCCGGGCCGCAUAGGUCCCUCCCCUAAACCAGAGUGAGGAUCUCCAGCUCUUCUUAAUCCACAGCUUGAUGUUCUAGGUGCCCAUCUCACACAGGAGCAGUGCCGCGUGGUGGCUGGGAAGAUCCCCUGUUCAGACACCCCAGGCCAAGCUGCUUGCAUCCAGGCUGGAUGCUGUUAUGUUGAGACUGACCUUACUACCCCCUGCUACUAUGGCAACACAGUCACUGUUCAGUGCCUUGUGGAUGGUCACUUCAUUCUGGUGGUCUCCAGGGACAUGUCUGAUCACCCCAUCAUCCUGGACAGUGUCCGGCUAGCCUAUGCCCAAACGGGAUGUGAUCCCAUCAGAAUGACAGAGGCUUUUGUGGUCUUCCGAUUCCCUGUCAUGCAGUGUGGCACCACAGUCCAGGUGAUCCAUGACAAACUGAUCUAUGAGAACCAGCUGAUCUCUGGCAUUGACAUCCAGACUGGGCCAGAUGGCUCCAUCACCCGGGACCGCAACUUCAUGGGGGCAACUUACGGAAAGGAUGUGGCCAAAUUGGAGAGCCCAGCAGAAGAUGUGAGCUACGCAUCCUAUCUUGCAGAAAGAGACUAUCCUGUGGUGAAGGUACUCAGGGACCCUGUCUACAUGGAGGUUCGCAUCCUGCAGAGAACAGACCCAUCCCUGGUUCUGGUUCUGCACCAGUGUUGGGCUACCCCAAGCACUAACCCCCUGCAGCAGCCACAGUGGCCUAUCCUGGUUGACGGGUGCCCAUUCCUGGGCGACAACUACAGAACCCAGCUUGUGCCCAUGGUCACUGCCUCAUCUGAGCUGCCCUUCCCAACUCAUCACCAGCGCUUUGUCCUCUCCACCUUUGCCUUUGUGGACUCUGCCUCUCAGGUGGUUCUUGAUGGACAGGUGUACAUUUACUGUAGCGCUUCUGCUUGCUACCCCUCCCGGCUGGAGCCCUGCAGGACAACGUGCCCAUCAGGUGCUACUGCAAGAGGCCGCCGGUUCCUGGAUAUCAACAAUGGGACAGAUCCUCAGGACCUAGUGAGUUCUCAUGGCCCUGUGAUCUUCCAGGAGAGCCCUGAGCCAUGGAAAGAACAAGUCUAUGAGAACAAGGGAGAAGCAGCUGGAUGA